AUGCCGGCAAUUCCAAAACUUCCCGGAACACCAACCGAAUACAAGGAUAUAGUUGAUUAUCUUAAAUCAAAAAAAAUACCUGAGACCAUCUAUGAUCCCGUGGCAAAAUGUAAAUUUGAAGGUCGUUGUAAAAAGUUUGAACUAGAUGAAAAUGAGAUUCUUUACCUUUCUGCCGUUUUUAAAAAUAGUGAAAUGGUAUCGGAUAGACGGCGUGUAAUUCCUAAAUAUGAUGUAGAGUUGCAAGCAGGUACAGUUGCAGUACAUUUAGUUAAGGACGUUUUUAGAAUUCUCAGUCCACCAUUAGUUUUACAAAGUGAUAACGGAAAAGAGUUUAAAGGGAUCGUUAAGCAAGUUUGUGAAACUCUCAAUAUCAGAUUUAAACAUGGCCGCCCCCACCACCCCCAGUCCCAAGGACAGAUAGAACGCCUUAACCAGACAGUUGGUCGAGGUUUCACAAAAUUGCUGUGGGAUCGUAAUAAUCAGCUUCAAAAAAAAGAUUAG